AUGCCUCUCGCCACUAAACUAGUUUGGGACAUAAGGAAAAGGUCCAUCGGUCCAAAUGAAAGAAACAACUUUAUGCGGACAAAUUACUUGGGCAGAAAGGAAUUUGUCCAGAGACUAAAACUUGAAACCACUCUUAACGUCCACGAGGGCUGUGUAAAUACAUUAUGCUGGAACAAUACGGGAGAAUACCUGCUAUCAGGAUCAGAUGACACCAAUCUAGUCAUCACAAACCCUUACAGCAGAAAGGUGAUGCUGACGGUCCGGUCCAAUCACCGGGCAAACAUCUACAGUGCCAAGUUCAUGCCAGAGUCCAAUUCGCACUGGGUUGUGUCUGCAGCAGGAGACGGUAACAUCCACUACACUAACAUCGCCAGGAGCCCAGAGAUCACUCAGUACAAGUACACGUGUCACAACGGAACAGCUUACGAGAUCCAGACUGUACUGAACGAUCCACAUUCCUUCCUGUCGUGUGGGGAGGACGGGACGGUACGCUGGUUUGACGUGCGUCUGAAAAACGGCUGCAGAAAGAGCAGCUGCAAGGAUGACAUUCUCAUUAACUGUCGCAGGGCGGUCAGCUCCAUGUCCGUCUCCCCGUCGAACCCCUACUACCUCGCCGUGGGCUGCUCGGACAGCUCCGUCCGCAUCUACGACAGGAGAAUGCUGGGAACCAUCACCACAGGCAGUUACUAUAGCGGCGGAGCAACGGGAAUAUGUCUGCGUUUCGUGCCGCCUCAUCUCACCGGUAAAUCGUGUCGCGUGACCUCGCUUUGCUACAGCGCGGACGGACGUGAACUGUUGGCCAGUUUCUCCUCCGACUAUGUGUACCUGUUCGACCCCAACGAUGACCAGGCCGCUGAGCUAAAGGAGCAGACCGAGAACAAAGGAGAAGAGAUGAGACAGCCCCCUGUCAAGCGUCUGAGGCUGAGAGGUGAUUGGUCAGACACUGGUCCCCGGGCACGCCCAGAAAGCGAGAGGGAACGUGAUGGAGAGUCCAACUCCACCCUGUCCCUCAUGCAGAGAAUGUCCGACAUGUUGUCCCGCUGGUUUGAGGAAGCCAGUGAGGCCCAGCACAACAGAGCACGCUCACGCUCACGCUCAAGAGCUGAACCAGAAGGUGGCGCCACUGCUGUGGAAGCAGCUCCAGAGGAGUCCGGAGCUACGGAGACACGGGGCCCUGAGGAGUCAGGACAAGAGCCUUCCUCAGACGCCGGCCCCACAUCUUCAUCUUCCUCAGCACCGACUGGCUGUUCUGAGGAGGAGAGCUCUUCAGGAGGAGGAGGAGGAGGAGAACAGCAGGAAGCAGGAAGUUCCUCAGGCUCUUCUGGAAGUUUCCGCGCACCAGCAGAACCCAUUCUCAGCCUACACUACAGUCCCGAAGGCACCUCGACCAGUACCAUCAAACUGGACUUCACCCAGUGUACAGAGCAGGAAACCAGUUCUCACACCCCUGCUGAGCCCAGCGGUCCGCGGCAGGUCACAGUGCCAGCACAGGGUUCGGAUGACAGCGAUGAAGAAAGCUCACACACACGCUCGACACAGAGAUUCAUGUUUGUUUGUCCCAACAACAGAUUUAGAGGUUCUGUGAUAGGAGAAAGAGUCCUCAGACGGACGGCCGCCGCCCGUAUCCAGGAGAUUUUCCGCCGCAGGAAGGAGCGACAGGAGAUGGAGAAGACGGAGGCCAUGAGCAUCAAGAGGCCGGCCGCCAAAAUGUCCUACAAAGGCCACCGUAACUCCAGAACCAUGAUCAAGGAAGCCUGUUUCUGGGGCGAUAACUUCGUGCUGAGCGGGUCCGACUGCGGUCACAUCUUCAUCUGGGACCGUCACACGGGAGAACACGUGAUGUUACUGGAAGCAGACAAUCACGUCGUCAACUGCCUGCAACCCCAUCCUUACGAACCAUUGCUGGCAUCCUCUGGAAUUGAUUAUAACAUUAAGAUCUGGUCUCCUCUGGAGGAAUCGCCGUCAUUCAACAGACUCCUGACUGAAGAGGUGAUUAUGCGUAAUGAACUGAUGUUGGAGGAGACCAGGAACACUAUAACUGUCCCAGCCUCCUUUAUGCUUAGGAUGCUGGCUUCCCUGAACCACAUCAGAGCAGAUCGUACGGAAGGGGAUCACUCAGAAGGUUCUGGACAAGAGAACGAGGACUAA